AUGGAUGCAUGUAUUCAAUUUGAAUUUCGUGGUUUACCAAUGCCAUUCGACUAUAUUGAUGUGUAUCUCAGCGGUUAGUCUAUGAAAAUUUGUUUCUAUGCAUAAGAUUAUCACUGGUUCUGCUCGCUAUUGUCCUCAGUUUUUAGAUGAGUAUUAAUCUUGAUGGUAAAAUGAUUUGUGCUGAGGCAGUAUACCACGAGAGUGAGGGUAAAUGUUACACACGUCUCCCGUGAGCAGACAUUCACAUCCACACUUCGUCAACAUAUUAAAUUCUAUUAAUGAAUAAGAAAAGGAAGUUUUUAUUGGCUUUAAAGGCACUAUAUUUCACUUCGCACACUUCAAGUUCUUAUAUGAUUGAUGUUUUCCUAACCAAAAAUAAUGAUUAUUAUCAUUACUAAGUAUAAUACAAUUCGAACUAUUGAAUAUAGUCUGUUCCUUUUGUAACCAUGCCAUAUCAAUUAACGGUUUUGCUUUUCCCGAAAUAUUGACAUGUAAACUUUGUAGUUGAGACAUAUUUUCUAAAAUCAAACCAAUUGUAUCGUUUUGUGAUUGAAUACAUAAAGAUAAAUGUUGACAUUUCGAGGAAAAAACCCGAAUAAUUUGUUGAAUUUCAUGAUUAUUUAUAUAUUGUGAUCGUGCGUAUCUUCCACAUAAUUUUAAAGAGAUAAUCUUACGAGAUAGAUGAUCACAUAUAGAAACAUUAUUCCAAUGUUCUGUCGCUAUCUGUAAAAUUCUCUUUUCUGCAACCAACGAAUGUAAGUGAGGUGCAUUUUUCAAUAUAUGAAGAAAGUUUUCUGGUGACAUCGUUGUAGGACAAUUCAUCUCUAAAUAUUGUAGUUUACUCAAUACAUGCAUCCAUUUAAUUGAAUCAAAAUCAUUAUAAAUAGUCAAAUUAAUCACUCCGUUUCUAUGGAAGUUUUCAUCAGGUUCAGAAGAUUUAUUUAGGACUUGUAGUGUUUUGACAUUUGAGAAUAGAUUAGUGUAGAAAUCAUUGUUAUAAUCAUCCAAUAAAGUUGAAAUAGUUUUGAUGUUAGUACCUUUCAAAGCUGUAUAGGUUUCGAAAGGAAAUGGUAGUGAGUAGAGUAGUGCACCGCUACGAUCAGAUAUAUCACAACGAAUAAACCAUUUCCUUUCCAGUAUAUAGAACGGUGUGGAGAAUGACACUAUGGCUUCAUCCAAUUGAUAAGGUGAUUGCAAUGAAUAUUCGAAGUUAAAAUAAAAUUUGAAGAUUUUUAAUAAUGGAAGUGAUGAACGAAUUAAGGUCUCCCACAUUUGACCAUUAGGAGGUAUUCUUGCUCUUUGUAUUUGAUAGAUUUCAAGAGUAUUUAGUAAUGACAAAUGAACAAGUGAACGUUGUAUAAAAUUCCAACAUUCUUCGUAAUCGAAGAUAACUCUAAGAUGUCUUAAUGUUGAUGGCCAUGGUAGAUCGUUUCUAAACCAAUGACAAUUUUCUAUUGUAUAUUCAAUACUUUCAAGUUGAGAAAAAUUCUAAAAAAAUAAUAAAGAAAAUGAUUCAAUUUUCUGUAUUUUUAAAUUUACUUUUAUCCAAUCGAUAUGAGAACAGGCACCGAAAACAAGUUUUUUCAGAUUUGGAAGAUCAAGUUGAGGCAUUGUUUCACCACAUAGAGAUUUAAUUGUUAAUGAAACAAGAGUUUUUAAAGAUGAAAGUUGGGAUAAAAUAGUGCAUGUCUUUCGAAAGUCUAAAUUUGAAAUGACUAAUGAUUGUAAUAGAGGAAAAUCAUUGAUUAAAGAAUAAACUUGACAAAAGUAUUCGACA